AUGGCCGACUCCAACGUUACGGAAGAUGGCCCAAUCACCUUUACUGUGAAAUCCUCCAAUGAUGCCAAAUUCUCCUUGACACUUCCUCUUUCCACUCCCGUCUCAGAGUUGAAGGAGAAGCUCUCGAGCUCUGAAUAUGCCGAUACCCCGGCUGAUCGCCAGCGCCUGAUCUACUCCGGCCGAGUGUUGAAGGACAACGAGACCCUGGCCACAUACAAAAUCAAGGAUGGACACACUAUUCACUUGGUUAAGAGUGCUGCGAGCAACCAACAAAGAUCCAACACAUCUACCCAGUCUAGCUCGACUGCGACCCCCGCCGCCGCCCCGAGUCAGCCUGCGGCUGGCGUACCCACCAAUCUUGCUGCGGGCACUGGCAACAACCCUCUGGCUGGAUUGACUGGAGCGCGGUAUGCUGGAUUCGCUCAACUUCCUGGCGCAGGGAUGUUUGGCCCUGAUGGUGGGAUGGGUCCGCCUCCUGACAGCGAAACGAUGUUGAAUAUGCUCGAAAACCCUCAAUUCCAAUCAACUAUCAAUGAGGCCCUCCAAAACCCCCAAAUGAUCGACAUGAUGAUUCAGCAGAACCCCAUGCUGCGGGAUAUGGGACCUGGAGUGCGACAGAUGAUGCAGAGCCCAGAAUUCCGUCGCAUGUUGACCGAUCCUAGCUCCCUCCGCAACAUGAUGCAAAUGCAGCGAGCGAUGGGAAUGGGAGGUGGUGCAGGUGGUGCAAGCGCCUUCCCCGCUCCAGGUGUGACCAACACAACCCCCGAGGGAAAUCAGAAUACUCAGCAACAAGCGCCACCCAAUCCGUUCGCAAUGGGUCAAAUGGGCCUUGGGAACCCGUUUGCUAGUCUCUUCGGAGCCAAUACCGGAGCCAAUCCCUUUGCCCCUCCAGCGCAACCGACUGCCACCGGAACAACAGGCCAGACCGAAGCUACCGAAGGCACACAAAAUCCGACCGACCGAUCUACUACUGGAGAAGCACAGAAUCCUUUUGCGGCGUUACUGAAUCCAUCUCUCUUCGGUGGUUUAGGUCAGGCCCAAGGCCAGGCGGGUACGGGUGCGGGUGCGGGUGUGAAUCCGUUCAAUCCCCAACAGAAUCCUUUCCUACGCGAUCCUAAUUUCAUGACCCAAAUGAUGCAGGCGAUGGGUGGACAAGGUGGAGAGGGUGGUGUAAAUCCUAUGGCGUCAUUGUUUGGAGCCGGUGGUUUUGGCUCCCCUGCUCCCACAGACAAUCGUCCUCCUGAGGAUCGAUAUGCUGACCAGCUUCGCCAAUUGAACGACAUGGGAUUCUUUGAGUUUGAGCGAAACAUUGAGGCUUUGCGACGAGCUGGUGGUAGCGUGCAAGGAGCUGUGGAAUACCUUCUGAGCAACCCUUCAUAA